CCCUCAGGUCCAGUUACGAGGAGAAAGAGGCAGAUCUGCCCAAACUGGAAGACCUCCAGGGGGCCGCUAAGGGGCUGAUGAGGCUGCAGGACGUGUAUGCUCUUCAAGUUGCGAGCCUCGUAAGGGGUCGUUUCCAGAGAGUCACUAAUGGCAAGCCCAUUGAUAUAUACCUGCCUACAGUGUCUGUCCCUUUGUCUGGUGAUGACUGCUUUCUGGUUGGAAAGGUGGCCUACGAGCAGGAAGACUACUACCACUCCGUGCAGUGGUUAGAGGAGUCUGUGCGUCUCUUCAGGGGAACAGGAGGCGAGUGGAGCCCAGAGAAUGAGGGGACUUUGGAGGAUGCUCUCGACCAUCUGGCCUUCUCUCACUUUAAAACAGGAAACAUCUCUUAUGCUCUCAGUCUAUCUCAGGAGUUACUGCAUCAUGAUCCAAUGAAUGGAAGAGUUUUGCAGAAUGUUGAGAAAUACGAGAAGCUGCUGGUUACGAGUCCCAAAUCACUCAGGGGCGAUGGGCUGAGGAGACCCACCUCUAAUUAUUUAAGAACCAGGGACACUUACGAGAGACUCUGCCAGACCCAAGGCUCUCAGCCAAUGCAUUUUAAAAACCCCAGACUAUUCUGCGACUACUUCACCAAUGGGGACCCUGGACUGCUGCUGCUGCCGGUAAGACGUGAAGUGUUAAGCCUGCAGCCGUAUGUUGUCCUGUACCACAACUUCAUCACGGACACAGAGGCUGAGGACAUCAAGGGGCUCGCCCAAUCAGGAUUGAGAAGAUCUGUGGUGGCAACUGGAGAGAAACAAGCAACAGCUGAGUACCGCAUCAGCAAGAGUGCAUGGCUGAAGGGCUCAGCGCAGUCCACUGUUGGAAAGCUGGACCAGAAGAUCUCCAGACUCACUGGUCUAAAUGUGAAGCAUCCAUAUGGCGAGUACCUCCAGGUGGUGAAUUAUGGGAUUGGUGGCCAUUAUGAGCCUCACUUUGACCAUGCUACGUCACCUACAAGUCCUGUGUUCAAGCUGAAAACUGGGAAUCGAGUGGCAACCUUUAUGAUAUAUCUGAGCUCUGUCGAGGCAGGUGGGUCCACAGCCUUCAUCUACGCCAACUUCAGUGUUCCUGUCGUGGAGAAAGCUGCUAUCUUCUGGUGGAAUCUCCACAGAAACGGUCAAGGAGACGUAGACACGCUGCAUGCAGGCUGUCCUGUGCUUAUUGGGGACAAAUGGGUGGCAAACAAAUGGAUCCAUGAGCAUGGCCAAGAGUUCCAGCAUCGCUGCAGCCUGAAUCCUGAAGAGUGAGCCAGCCUCUACAAUUGAGAGGCACACUUGCAGGCGGAGAGAAGGAGGGAGCCAGAAAAGUGAGCACACAGGCAGGGGAGGUGAGAGCCUGCAUCUGUGAUUGGAGCCCCGGGCCCCAGGGAGCCUGAAGUGUACAGUGCUGCAGUGGACAUGGAUAGCACAAGAGGCGGGGUAGAAGAGGAGUGGGGCAGCUGGCAAUCAGCCCCCAGAGGCCAAAUGCUCUCUUGCUCCUGCUGGCCAGUUCCUGCAGAUGGAGAGAGGCCUCUGCUUCAUACACUGUGCUGGUUUCAGUUAACUGUACAAGGCUGUUUGCCUCCUGCUUGCUUAAAAACUGACAUUUUAUGCAGCCCUUCGCCUACACUGGGCCCACUCUAGGGUCUGUCAUUGCAAAUCAACACAGCUGAACUCUGUAGAGAGUCUCAGAACUUUAUUUUCAAUGUGUACAUGCAGAAGUUUAGCCUGCAUGGCUGAAUGAGAGUGACGUGUAUAAAAUGAUGCACGUGGCAUCUAGAAUUCUUUUAUUUAAUGUAAUGUUGCAACCAGAAAUACAUUUUGUUUUUUGGAUUUUAAUACACAAGUGGAUUUAAAUGUGUUAAUGGUUGCAUGAAGUGCUGGAACAUACAGAGCAUAUGACAUACAGAGUGGGAAAAAGAAUUUCAAGGUGCUCCUUACAUGUUUCCACAUUUGGUUAAUACAUUACAUUACCAUGUACCAUCAGUUCAGGUUUUAGUUGAAGUUCUUCUAUAAUGUGUCAUAUCAGCCCUCCAGGACUCCAGUUCAGCCUGGUGGUAUGAGUCACAAGAACCAGUCAUUGGGAGUAUGUCUGUUUAUUCCCAGCUGACUGAGUGAUGUGGUCAUCGCUGCCUGUGGGAGACUCGUUCAGUUUGGUUUGAUGUAACUGUUUAAUGGAACAGAUGAACCAGAUCUUUCAGCCUCUUAUUGAACGUCAGAGUAAGUAAUUGUGUUCUGUAUGCCAAGCAAUUGGAAUCCUGUCUGCUCUAGACUUCAUGUCUGAACUCACAUAACUAAAGCCAUCUGCAUACCACUCAGAUAUCUCAGAUAUCUGUGUCUAAGUAGGCCAUAACCCAUCUAAAAACAUUGAGGUGGGACUAAGGAGACUCUGUAUUUUGGGGGCAUCCUGCUAAUUGAAUCGAAG